AUGCCUUUUGGACUUCGAAAUGCAGCUCAAACGUUUCAGCGUUUCAUGGAUGAGGUACUUUGCGGUCUUAAUUUUGUCUACGCAUAUAUCGACGACCUACUAAUUGCUAGCUCCACAGAAUCUGAUCACUUACAGCAUUUAGAAAUUCUAUUCAGCCGACUAUCAGAGUAUGGUGUCAUUAUUAACCCUGUCAAAUGUGUUUUUGGCGUCCUUUCGUUGGACUUUAUGGGUCAUAGAAUUUCUGCAGACGGUAUUCCACCCCUGCCUGCUAAAUCAAAGAUCACACACCAUACAAAAACACGGCUUGGCACUUUUGCAACAUCAGAUGCUCGUUUUGCCCAUGUUCAUAUUGAUAUCGUCGGACCUCUGCCACCAUCUCGAGGCAACAAAUAUUUACUAACUUGUGUCGAUGGUUUUACUCAUUGGCCUGAAGCCAUCCCGCUUGCUGAUAUUACUGCCGACACAGUUGCUCGUUUGUUUGUCACCCACUGGAUUUCUCAGUUUGGAGUCCCUACCACCAUCACUACUGAUCGCGGCACUCAAUUCCAAUCUGAUGUUUUCCACUCUCUGACAUUGCUUCUUGGUAUAAAACGGAUCAGUACAACAGCAUACCAUCCUUGUCACAACAGAAUGGUAGAAAGAUUUCACCAUCAACUCAAGUCUUCAAUAAAAGCUUCCCCUGAUCCUACCCAGUGGUGCGAAUCUCUUCCACUUAUCCUGCUUCACCAGCAGACAAUCGUCAAAGAAGAUAUCGGUUGCACUCCUGCUCAACUCAUACUUGGUUGCAAUCUUCGCUUACCUGGUGAAUUUUUUACAUCUUCUACAGAACAUUCCGAGCUUGACCCGUCUGUCUAUGCUAAUCGGCUUCAAUUUGCCAUGCGUGACCUUUGUCCUACACCGUAUCGACCCCAGACUCCACAGUCUUAUCGUCCACCAGGAUUAUCAACAUCUAAAUUUGUUUUCGUACGAAACUAUGCAGUUAAAAAGCCUUUGCAGCCACCAUAUGACGGUCCUUUCAAAGUGCUGGAGCAUCAUGACAGGCAAACCAAAAACUGUCAGUCUCGACCGUAUCAAAGUUGCCCAUACUGA